AACAGUAUUCUCGAAAUCGUGGCCGGAUUGAUAGUGAAGGCGUGCUAACUCGAGCUACGAUGGAUACCAAACAAGGUUUGCUGCUGCUCGCCUUCGUGUGCUUGCAGGCGGUCCUCGUGUGUGCCGCGCCGGAUUGGAUACCUCCGGAGAUAUUCGACAUGGUGGCAGACGACAAGGCUCGAUGCAUGGGCGAGCAUGGCACCACGCAAGCGCAGAUCGACGAGGUGGACAAAGGAACGGUGUUAGACAAUCCAUCGAUCACCUGCUACAUGUACUGCUUGCUGGAGGCGUUCAGCUUGGUGGAUGAAGAGGCUAACAUAGACACCGAUAUGUUGCUGGGACUGUUGCCAGAGAACCUUCAGGACAGGGCGGAGUCUAUUCUAGGACAGUGUACACCGACAACGGGCAGCGACAAUUGCAACAAGAUAUACAAUCUCGCCACGUGCGUCCAGAAGCUUGCACCAGACGUGUGGUUCAUUCUCUAAGGGCGAGAGAAACGAAGCAAAUCUCACGGAGCUUCGGAACCUUCGACGUGCAAGAACGGACAAACGUUAAAGAAAAAAACCCGGCUCGAAGAGGAUCAAGUACGCGAACAUUAACUGUAACAAUGCUGAACGACGAAAAAAAAAAAAAAAA